AUGACGAGCAGAAAACGACCACCGACAAAACUUCGAGCUAUUACUAUUGAACCAAAUUAUGUGAAUAGAGAUGGCUCAGCCUUAUUUAAAUUUGGCGACUCUGCUGUCGUAUGUUCAGUAAACGGACCGACUGAAGUUAAAUUACGUGAUGAGAAAGUGGAUAAAGCAACAAUCGACGUAAUAUUUAAACCUUUAGUUGGUUUACCUGGUACUAAGGAUAAAACACAUGAAUAUAUUAUACGUUCGACAGUUGAAAGUGUCAUUAAAUCAAAUCUUUAUCCAAGAACAUUGAUCCAAAUUGUGUGCCAAGUAAUGAUGGAUGAUGGAAACAUUUUAGCAACAGCAAUAAAUGCAACAACAUUUGCUCUAAUGAAUGCCGGUGUUGAAAUGAAAGAUAUUGCCGUAGCUGUUGCUUGUAUUGUGAAUCAAGACGGGAAUAUAUUGGUUGAUCCAAAAUUACGAGAGGUCGAGAAAGCCCAGUCUUAUCACACAUUUGCAUUUAGCAAAACAACAUUUGGAUUAUUAUUUUGUGAGUCUACAGGAUUAUUCACUGAGAAACAGUACUUUGAGUGCUACGCACUUUGUAAAGUUGCUGCACAAGAAAUAAUAGAUGAGAUUCGCGUGAAAAUUCAAUCGGAUUUCAUCUAA